GCCUGGCAAGGGGAUGAGGCUGUUGAAUCUGGACCCUGGCGGGGAGAAGGUGGACGGACUGCACAGCAAGGAGUUGGUGUCAAUGGAAGAGCAGAAUGCCAGGGUCCCAGCCCUAGAACCAUUCAGGGUGGAACAGGCACCACCUGUAAUCUACUAUGUCCCCGACUUCAUCUCCAAGGAAGAGGAGGAGUAUUUGCUUCGACAGGUUUUCAAUGCCCCAAAGCCAAAGUGGACCCAGCUCUCUGGGAGGAAGCUGCAGAACUGGGCUUGGGAGCCCUCUUUUGGCCCAGAGGAUGUGGGGGAGGGUUGGACUCCUGCCUGCCCAGCCAUGGUGCCCCUUCCCAGCCCCAUGAGGAUGGACCACUGUACUACCCAACUGUCAGCACCAUCAGCCUGGGCUCCCACACCGUCCUGGACUUCUACGAACCACGGCAGCCAGAAGAUGAUGACCCUACAGAACAGCCCCGGCCGCCAAGGCAGCCUACAACCUCACUUUUGCUGGAACCACGUAGCCUGCUGGUGCUGCGUGGCACAGCCUACACACGCCUUCUCCACGGUAUUGCCCCUGCUCCCAUGGACGCACUGGACUCCACCUCUCUGCCGUCCAAUGCUGCUGCCUGCCGAUCAGCACUGCCCGGGGCACACCUGGCCUCCAGCUAUGUCCCUGUCCUCACCUCUGGGCCCUAGACUUCCCUUUGAGCCCCUCAACCAUCCCCCUGGAGCCCCUAGGGAGCAAGACUUUGCUGGAUGCACCAUCUGCCCUGUGUCUGGAGAGGAGACAAUCAGGCCAAAGCAGGCCCAGGUCACCUGGGACCCUCCUAUGUACAUCCAGGGUGGGCUGAGGGGCACGGAGCCUACCACCACCCCCCCAAGAACAUCAAUGCCCUCUUCUCAUGAGGAUUCAGCUGGGAGCAAACACCGUGAGCACCCCAUCUCUGGCCUAGAGGUACUGGAGGCUGAGCAGGACAGCCUUCACCUUUGCCUGUUGGGACUGGGCCUCCGUCUGCAGGACCUGGAGCCAGGCCUUGGGCCCUGGACACUGGCCCAGAGUGGUAUGGUCCAGCUGCAGGCCCUACAGGCAGAGCUUCGAGGGGCGGCUGAGCGUGUGGAUGCACUGCUUGCAUUUGGUGAGGGGUUGGCACAGCGGACUGAGCCCAGGGCAUGGGCAUCUCUGGAGCGGAUCCUGAGGGCCCUUGGAGCCCACCGAGACGCCAUCUUCCGACGGCUCUGGAAGUUGCAGGCCCAGCUGGUCAGCUACAGCCUGGUGUUCGAGAAGGUCAACGCAUUGGACCAGGACUUGGAAGUUGAUGGGAACUUGGAUGGGUCAGGGCCUGGUGGGGCCUGGGGCCCCUGGGCAGCCACUAACCUCCCUACUCCUGCAGAGUUGGAGUGGGAUCCAGCGGGGGAUGUUGGGGGUUUUGGACCCUCAGGGCAAAAGACAGCCCAGACACCAGGGACUUCUUGUGAGCUUUGUGGCCACAGGGGCCCCCAGGGCAACGGACAAAGCCUUGAGGACAUGCUCACAUUGGGCCUCAGCCACCGGAAACACUUAGCAAGUCACCGAAGACACUCUGUACUUCAGAAGCCUCAGGACGAGAAGAGGCAAGCACCUCCCAGCCUCCAGGACGUGACGUUGGAGGCGGCCCCUGGGGUCCCUGCUCCUGCCACCAGGAGGCCCCUAACCUUCCUCCUUCUCUUCUUCCUCUUCUUUCUGGUGGGUGCCACGCUGCUCCUCCUUCUGUCAGGGGGCCCCUGCUGCUCUCACACCCGACUAGCCAGGACUCCCUAUCUGGUGCUCAGCUAUGUCAAUGGUCUCCCCCCAAUCUGAGAACCCAGCCCGGACGUGUGUAAUAAACUGUCACUGUAAAAGGAUGUGUGAGGAUAUUGAGUGUGUAAACACCCAGAACUCAGGCUACAGCUUCUACCCCUUUGCCUUGAGCUCAGAAUGGGAUAAACCCAUUUUGGGCUGGGUUACUGCAAACCCAGACACAAAAGUUCAAGCACAGGUGGUGGA